GAGAAUCAAAGGAUAAAUCCUUACUACAUAAUGAUUAGGACUCACAAGCCCUUCCUGUGACAUGGAGUGUAGAAGCCAGGAUUACAACGGGACAGAGUAAAGAGGCUACAGGCAACACAGGGGGAAGGAGGGACACAGGUGCAAGAAGAGGAAGGGGCACACGGGAACAACAAGUGCAUUGAACACGGCCACUAAAGGUUUCAGGGAUCCAUGCAACAACCUGCAUCAAGAGCGAUUUGGAAGCUCACCGGCUGACCUGCUGCUGCUGUCCUCUGUCUGGGCCAUCUGUCUGUGGGCGUUGGAACUAGCAGACCCAAGCCCAGCAUCUGGACAGCACUGUGUCUUACUUAAUGGAGGGGCCAGCGUGCCGCUGGAGAGCACGGGGAGCAACCAGAGGCUCAGGUUAUCCUGCAGACGUGAAUUCGAUGAGAAAUUGACAUAUAGUCGAUGAGUGUGUCAUCAAAAAGAUGGAGUACAUCUGUUUCUUUCACCUGGGCGCGACAGCAGUGGGCAGUGAGAGAAGGAAGAGGGCGUCGGGCGCAGUCUUGACUGUCGGAAGACGUGAAGAAUUUCACUGAAUCGAUCACUUGUUUUCGGUUGUUUUUUUAUGGCUCUAACUGCGUUAUUGGGCCACUUCUGAGAUAUUUUCUCUUGGCCAGGAAGUGGAUACAGAUUAGAUGUGUAAUCAGAGGUGAGAGGCUGCUGAAGACCAGCCAAGACACAGAAAUUACACACACACACACACACACACACACACACACACACACACACACACACACACACACACACACACACACACACACACACACACACACACACACACACACACACACACACACACACACACACACACGCAAACACCUAUGCGGUAUGCUUCAUUACAAUAGUACAUAUAUACACUCUCUGCCCUAUUGAGCACACACAUACUCACAUACACACAUACAGACACAGCCCACCUCGGACAACGCUCUGGGACUUGUUACCGUAACAAGCCUCUCUGGGGCUAGCUGUUCCAACUUCUAUCCUCACGCCUUACACUGGAAAUUAGCCUGUCACUACGGCCGUGGACUGCCUCAUUCUGUUUAUGAGUUGCUCCUUCUUUCCUCUUGCACCUGCUUUCUUCAAUCACCCUCCAUCACUCUAUCCAUACUUCCACCCCCCACCCCACCUCCCUUACCAGCAAGAGAUAAUGUGACCUUCUGCCAAAGUGCUGGAAACCAUGCCACGGUCGCAGCGGGCUCCUCUGUUGCUACUGAAAUAGACUCAAACAAGUGCCGAAAGGAAGGUUGCGGGGGAGUGAGGGAAGGGAGACAAGGGAAAAAAGAGAAGCAGGACAGCUGAAGCCACGGACACGGAAUGAGCCAGUGGGAGCCAGGGCUGGAUGCGGAUUGCCAACGCAGGCAGUAGGUGACUGAGAUGGGCGUUCGUCUAGGCCACUUGAGCGACUCCCCGUGGUGGUGGCCGCUGCUGCUGCUGUUGCUGCUCUGCACUGCCCCCUGGUGCCAAGGUCGUCCUUUCGCAACACCCUUGCCAGCAGUCAACGUGGCGGUGGUGUUCAGUGGCUCGGCCUACCAGCAGGAGAUCAAGGGGCGUCUCAGCAGGGAGAACUUCAUGGACCUGCCCUUGGAGGUGAAUCCCAUCACAGUGCUGGUAAACAACACCAACCCUCGGGCCCUGCUCACACGCAUCUGUGACACACUGGCGGCCAACCGCGUACAUGGUGUGGUGUUUGAAGACAACAUUGGCUCGGAAGCCGUGGCACAGAUCCUGGACUUCAUUGCCCUGCAGACGGCCGUGCCCAUCGUGGGCAUCAGCGGGGGCUCCGCCAUGGUCCUGCCACACAAGGGUGACGGCUCCACGUUCCUCCAGCUGGGCUCCUCCAUCGAGCAGCAGAUAAACGGCAUGUUCAAGGUGAUGGAGGAGUACAACUGGGACAGCUUCGUGGUCAUCACCAGCCUGUACCCGGGCUACGAGGUCUACGUGGACUAUGUCAAGACCUUCACUGACACCAGCUACUUCAUGUGGGAACUGCAGGACGUGCUGACCUUCGACAUGUCCGCCGACGGCAUGAACGACAUCCGGGCACGGCGCCUGCUGCAGCAGAUCGACGCCCAGGUACUGCUGGUAUACUGCUCCCACGAGGAGGCCCAGUACCUGUUCAGAAUGGCCGGAGAGGCCGGCCUGCUGGGGCCUGGCUACAUCUGGAUCCUCCCUAGCCUUGCCGUGGGGAACCCAGACAUGCCCCCACCAAACAGCUUCCCUGUGGGCCUCAUCAGCAUCAUCACCGACCGCUGGCGCAUGAGCUUGAGGAAGAGGGUGCGGGAUGGGGUGGCCAUCGUGGUCAAAGGGGUGCAGAGCUUCCGCAAACAGAGGGGCUUCAUCCCCGAGGGCCACAACGACUGCCACAGCCCUGUUAGGGCAUCUUCUAAUGAUACACUGUUCAGGCACAUGUUAAACGUAACAUGGGAACACAACGACUUCUCGUUCAACCCUGAAGGGUAUCUGAUCAACCCAGCUAUGGUAAUCAUCACCUUAGAUCGAGAGAGACAGUGGGAUAAGGUGGGGAACUAUGAGAUGGGGAUCCUGCAGAUGAGAUACCCGGUGUGGCCUCGCUACGGCACCUAUCUGGAGCCCGUAUCAGAUAACAGACACUUGACUGUGGCCACACUGGAGGAACGUCCCUUUGUCAUAGUGGAGGCUGUCGACCCCAUGACUGGGACCUGUGUCAGCAACACCGUGCCCUGCCGCCGCCAGUCCAACAAGACAGAGACUAUUGUAGGUCAUACUGAGCCCUACACCAAACUGUGCUGUAAGGGUUUCUGCAUAGACAUCCUGAAGAAGCUGUCCCGCACCACCAAAUUCUCAUACGACCUCUACCUGGUCACCAACGGGAAGCACGGCAAGCUGGUCAGAGGCAGUUGGAACGGCAUGAUCGGAGAGGUGGUAUACAAGCGGGCGGACAUGGCCAUUGGCUCGCUGACCAUAAACGAAGAGCGCUCAGAAAUUAUCGACUUCUCCGUGCCGUUUGUGGAGACGGGGAUCAGUGUGAUGGUCGCCAGGAGCAAUGGGACCGUCUCACCCUCUGCCUUUCUUGAGCCCUACAGUCCGGCGGUGUGGGUGAUGAUGUUUGUGAUGUGCUUAACGGUGGUAGCUGUCACAGUGUUUAUCUUUGAGUACUGCAGCCCUGUGGGGUACAACCGGAGUCUGGUGAGCGCCAAGGAUCCCGGAGGCCCCACCUUCACUAUUGGGAAGUCUGUGUGGCUGCUGUGGGGCAUCGUCUUCAACAACUCUGUUCCAAUUGAGAACCCCAAGGGCACCACCAGCAAGGUCAUGGUCCUGGUAUGGGCCUUCUUCGCUGUCAUCUUCCUGGCCUCCUACACUGCCAACCUGGCAGCCUUCAUGAUCCAGGAGCAAUACACUGACACAGUCUCUGGACUGAGUGACAAAAAGUUCCAGAAGCCACAGGAGCAGUAUCCACCGUUUCGCUUUGGUACGGUCCCAAAUGGAAGCACAGAGAGGAACAUCCGGAGCAACUACCCUGAGAUGCAUGCCCACAUGGUCAAAUACAACCAGAAGGGUGUGGAGGACGCCCUCAACAGCCUCAAAUCAGGGAAACUGGAUGCCUUCAUCUAUGACGCUGCUGUGCUGAACUACAUGGCAGGUAAAGACGAGGGCUGUAAGCUGGUGACCAUCGGCAGUGGGAAGGUCUUUGCCACCACUGGCUACGGCAUCGCCUUGCAGAAGGAGUCCCGAUGGAAACGUCCUAUAGACCUGGCCCUGCUCCAGUUCCUAGCGGAUGGUGACACGCAGAAGCUGCAGACGGUGUGGCUCACAGGGAUCUGUCGUAACGAGAAGAAGGAGGUGAUGAGCAGUAAGCUGGACAUAGAUAACAUGGCGGGCGUCUUCUACAUGCUGCUGGUGGCCAUGGGGCUCAGUCUCCUGGUGUUCAGCUGGGAACAUCUGCUCUACUGGAAGCUGAGACACUCAGUACGCAAGUCUGAACGCCUCGACUUCCUGCUCGCCAUCAGCAGGGGAAUCUACAGCUGCUUCAACGGUGUGGAGGACUCUGACCGCAACGGAAACCUGCAGAACCCUGACGUCACCACCAACUACACCCAGGCCAACAUGCUGAAGAUGCUGCAGACAGCCAAGGACAUCGUGACCUCGACCAGAGUGGAGAACUCCCUGGACAAUGCCACCAAGACCAUAGAGAACUGGAGCCGGCGAGGAGCCGACAAUGUGCGGGUUGGCCUGCCGCCUCGGGUGGCAACCACUAUAGACAUGGGCCACAGCCGCCUGCCCUAUAUCUCCAGCAUCACGGACAACCACUCGCCCUACCCCCAGAGGGCGCUCGCUUCCACCUUCCCCAUCCACUACUCGGACAGCGCCACCCAGCCCCUGCUGGACAAAUCCAGGGUGGUGACGCGGCCUACCCCACUACGCUACACCCUUCCGGCCCGUGGCAGCCACCACUUCUACGAGAGAACCCUACCCAUCUCCAGCCUCAGCAGCCCCCACAUCGCCAUGAGGGACCCUGCUCCCCCCAGCACCUCCAGUCACAACCCACACCCCAGCAGCAGGUUGUAUGUGGAGAGCCAGCCCCGGCACCCCACCUCCCCAUUUGUCCCCUACAGAGAGUUCCAGGUGCCUGACAUCUAUGUGGAACACCACAAGGGGCCCCUGGGACGGAAGUUCAGCUACCCCCCUGACCACAUGGGCAGGAAGAAGAGGUCCCACAGCUACGUGUUUUCUGAGGCCCAAGACACCAGGGGGAGGAACGACUAUGAUGAGCCAACCUCCUGUCUGGCUGAGCUGAGGGCCAACCACCUCCUGAACAACCAUGCCCCUUCUGCAUCAACCAUGGCCUGCAUGGGGGGCCACUACCCCAGUGGCAGCGCCAGCUGCAACUCCUGCAUGAAGCCCUACCUGGAGCCUGAAAUGGAGGAUGUGCCCUUGCUGGGGAAGGACAAGGUCAACCGCCGGGCCUCUUUUCUCAAGGCCACCUGGAGCAGUGACAGGAUCCGCCAGCUGGGUGAGAAGCCCUCCACCUCCACUAUGCCUGACCUGUUCCCCCGCGUAGUGGUGGCCAACCCCAAGCCCCACAAGCUGUAUGGCAGCCAGGGGAACAACCUGUGCUACCCCCUGGCCGCUGAGCCUGCCUACCUAGACCCGGCACAUAUGCGUUCCUACCCCUACAAGCAGCAGAAGCUCAAGUGCUCCCAGUCCACCCGGCUACCAUCCUACAGGGAGGCUAUCCUGCAGAACGCAGCCGCCUUGCGGCGCUCCUCCUCCACUGUGGUGCACAGACACUACUCCACCUACCUGAACUCCUACACAGACCUGCCUGUAUACGUGGGGCCACUGCCCCAGGGGCCCGGGCCAUUCUACAACAAGGACAUGUGCCACUUGUUCCCCUGUGCAAGCCACUGCCCUAACAACAAUGCCCUUGUGCCCCGUAUGGGGGACCGACAGGUAGUCUACCAGAACAAUAUGUUUGGGGGCUACGAGGGCGCGGUGGGGCGGUCGCGAGAGGAGCCCCCCCUGCCCGGGUCUGGGAGCAGGGAUCGGAGGGAGGUCCUGGUGGCCAGAAGAGUCAACAGUCCCUAUGUGCCAAAGACCUGGGGCAGGGUAUCCAGUCUGGAGUCUGAGGUCUGAGCCCUCCCCCUCCAUAUCUUCAGGCUGAUGGACUAUCCCUCCCUCUGGGGAGGGGAAAGCCUACCUGGGGCUUCCCCCUCAGCCUUUGGUUUAGGCAAAAAUGAAUGAAUUAGCUACCAAUAUGGAUGACUUGAGUGUUUACUCAGUGCAAUAAUAUCCUUGGCGGACGGAAGGAAGUAGAGGACAAUGAAAGGCUGUUACUGCUGGGACAUUGUCAAGUAAACAUUAAGCGAUAAGAAAAGAAAAGAAUGUUGAAUAGUAUUUAAUACCUUCAAAUUUAACCUGUUGAUUGUUAUUUAAAACAUUUUUAAAUGCUGUCUUGCUGUGAGAGAGAGAGAGAGAGAGAGAGAGAGAGAGAGAGAGAG